AUGCUAUCAGAUUGGCACUCUGCAUUGGUGGCAUUCAGGCUUGUGCUCUAUUUGGUUGGCCUGUUCUGGAUGCAGCUGCUUGUAGCUGGACGGCUCGAUCUCUUGGAACAAACAUCAAAACAGAACUAUUGCAGCAGUUGCUUGCGGAAGCUCGUGUGGAUGCAGGCUUGUGUGACUGCGGUGGCCGCCCUUCUACCUCUAGGCUUUGGUGGCCAAGUUGAGGUUACACUGUUAUCCAUGACUUUCAAUGGGGCCUUUCUUGCUGGCUCUUUGAGCUUUGUCUGCAACGUUGGGGCAAGCGCUUUGGCAAUCUAUGCUCUGACGCAGUCCUUCCUCCAGAUGCGGAGGGUUUUGCGCCUUGCAGAGAUGGAAGACACGCCAGUUGCUGUACAGUCAAGUUUGAAACAAGCAAAGAGGUUUACUGCGCUGCAAGUGAUGGGUGUCGCCUUCAGUCUCGUACUCACAGUUGUCGUGCUUUCAGUAGCGCUUUGGAGUUUGCAUUUGGAUACGAUGGCGACAAGAGAUACGUUUACGUGGCUGUUAGCUGUCGUUCAGUGUUUCGAUUCCUUUGGCAAUGCUUUCGCAGCGUUGCUUUUGUCCGGCAGUCACAGGUUGCCCAAGCUCCAACCCAACCAAGCCAGCCAGGAGAUGUCCUGCUGCAAAUGUGAGAAAGAACCCCUAGCAGGGGUGGCCAAAGUGACCGAAUGGAGCCAGCCAUGGAAGAGGAAAGUUGAAGAGCUGUCCUCGCGGGGAAUGAACUUGCGCAGCCUCCUGCACUUCUACCAGCAAGACCUACACAGAAUACCAGACUGGAAAUAUGUGCCUCGAGAGCACAAGACCAGAGAUGUGGUCCGCAGGGCCAUCAUACCCCUCACGAGCAAAGAGGAGUCUGCUUAUGCGGUUUCGGCUUUGAACCGAGGUGGUGCUCAAAGGGCUACGGUCAUGGUAACCCACAACUGGGGAAACAGUUUCAAGGAUUUGCUGGCCGCGGUAGUCUCAGACGCCUUGGAAGAGUGCAGCUUUAAACUCGCAGCGCGACUUUUGGAGGAAGACUGUGAGUUCCUUUGCGCUGUCGUGGAUGAGAUUGGUCAGUUAGAUGAUAUGUAUUGGAUUUGUGCAUUUUCAGUUAACCAGCAUGCCAGCAUAUGCCACACCAACCCAUAUGACCGGGAUCCUGUCACGAACGAGCUGCACCCAGUUUGCAGCUGUAGUUGCGUGAAUAUCCACGAUCCGGAUGGACGAAGUGACAUGUCAGAAAUCAAUAAGUUUGAUGACAUGAUGUACCACCUUAAAGCCACAGGAGGCUGCAGACAAGUUGUUGCUGUCGACCAAGCUCUCGACUUGUUCCAUCGUGCGUGGUGUAUGGCCGAAAUUGCAGAAGCCAAGCGUCUGCAAAUGAAUCAAUCAUUGAAGCUUUCAACCAGAAUGACCCUCCAACAACGUGCGCGGACAUUGGAGCAAUUGGAUGUUCGGGGCAUGCGUGCAUCCUGCGAGAAAGACAGGGAGCUCAUCCUCGGCAAGAUCAAGAACAUCCAGAGCAUCGACGAUUUCAAUUCGGAGCUGCAGUUGUUGAUUUUUGGCCAGGGUACCGGGCUGCUGGCAUCUUGGAAUGCCAUGGAUAGCUUGCAGCAGAUGGGAGAAGUCGGCCGGCUAAUUCGAUGGGGCCUUGUGGAUGCAGGCACUGGGAAGGUAUGGAAAGCGUGGGAACCCCAUGAGUGA